UUAUUGCGGUGCAGCGUGCGGGUGUGUUGGUGUCUAUCAAUCAGUCUUCCGGAACAGGGGGCAGUGUACCUGGUGAGGGUGUUGUAGUGCGCCGAAGAAUUGUCGGCCACGUCAACAUAAGAUCACAAGAUUAUGGGAGAGGUGACCCUUCAUCCAGCAUGAUUUGCUAUUCUCAUCCUUAUGGCCAGCAGUGAUUAUUUGAGUACUUUGACAGCAACUGAAAAAUAUCACACCAAUACAAAUAUGAAAACAGUGUUCUAAAAUUUAAGGAAUGGUCAGAAGUUUAGUAGCCUAACUGAAGUCAGAGUGAGCCAGUUUACCCUAUUACUCACUUCACUUUUGGAAUGCAGUACCAACAAAUGGUUUUGAUUUGGAUCUCUCUUCUAGUUGGAUAACAAUAGUUUCGAUUCAUCUGUGUAGAUACACACAGCAGAAAACGUUCAUUAUAGCUGAAAAGCAAAAGUGAAAAACAAAUCAGUAAAAUAAUUUUGAGCAUGCGUUUCCAAAUCUGUGUGUUUCUGGGAGUUAUUUUGAGGAGCUGUGGGUGCCGUUCCGAAGAUGCAGACUUCAAAGAUUGGCGGGGGAAGCUGAAAACAAUUCGGAAUGGAAUUCAUAAGAUUGACACAUAUCUGAAUGCAGCACUGGAUUUACUUGGCGGGGAGGAUGGGCUCUGUAGGUACAAAUGCAGUGAUGGAUCCAAGCCAGUUCCUCGUUAUGGUUAUAAGCCUCCUCCACCCAAUGGAUGUGGCUCUCCUAUGUUUGGAGUUCAUUUAGAUGUGGGAAUUCCUUCCAUGACGAAGUGCUGCAAUCAACAUGAUCGUUGUUAUGAUACCUGUGGUAAUUCUAAACAGGACUGUGAUGAAAUAUUUCAGUACUGCCUUUCAACAAUUUGCAGAAAUGUACAGAAAACAUUAGGAAUAGAUGCAACUGUACAGGCUUGUGAGAAUGCUGUAGAAAUGCUUUUCAAUGCAGUAAUGCAUUUAGGAUGCAAACCCUACCUAGACAGUCAGAGGGCCUCGUGCAUGUGCGCUUAUGAAGAAAAAAUCGACCUUUGAAGUGAAGAAUGAGGGGGGGAGAAAACUAAAUGUGUGAAAUAAGGACUAAGUGUGCUCAAUUGAUUUGAAAAUGUUAUGUUUUCUUGGGAGAACUUCAAUUAUGUCAGAUUUAUAAUAACAUUUUUUGCAUAACAAUCUUAAAGACAAUGCUCAUUGUUUUUCCUAUGAAAUGUUUACAUAAUUUAAAAUUUGAAUUAUUACAAGUUACUAUACCAGAAUACAUCUUACCCCAAGUGUCCUGCAUAUUGUAGGUUUGUGGUCUUGCACUGAAUUUAAUCUUUUCUGAGAUAAGCCAUUAAACGUUGGUGAAGUUCUUCUUUAUAUUCUCCCAUUUCUUCGCAAAUGUCAUCAAGAAGAAGAAUCCAAAAACUGAAUACAGAAACCAGUCCCAUACACUGCCUACUGGCAGGUUAUUGAGUGAUCCUGCCUCAUGACCUAUUUGAAAAUGAUACUGGGCUUUGUGACUUUAAAAUCAGCUGUAGAAAUAAUAAAUGGUAAUUUAAAUCAAUAUUAAGCUAAUUAGAACUAAGUAUGUCUUGCAUUGUGUCAGUAAAUCCAGCUUCUCACACUUACUAACAUUCUAUAGGUGGCUUGCUUCUAUGAAUACUCAGAAUUGAAACCUGUGAACACUCAACUCAUCAGGCAGUAUCUGUGGAGAAAGAUGCAGAGCUGGGUUUUGGUUUCAAGUGAUUGACCUGAUUAUACUGGCUAGAAACCCAAAUUAUGGGGAUAGAGUAAUGUUAAUUUGUGACAUGAAUAUUGUCAUUUUGGGAGAAAUGACAUUUGUGGCCGGUCCUCAUCAUUGUAUGAUAGCUUGUGAAUAAUAAAAUGUAGAGGAAAAUGCAUUUCAGAUGAACCAUUUUCUGAAUUUAAUAUGUUAUCAUGUGCAGUGCAUGGUUCCAAUACCCUUUUCAAAGGAUUUACAUCUAUGCUUGUAAAAUGUAAUUGCAAUUUCUAAUUCCCUUUUUGAAAGAUGGGGAAAUACAAAUUUAUUUUUCUUUGCUGCUGUUUUAUUUUUAAUUCAAGAUGCAAGUUUUUUUUAAUGCAACAUCUUUCAUAUUUUAAAAAUGCCCCAAACCAUUUCAUUAGCAAUUGUUUAUUUGGAAAGUCAGACAGUAUUUGUGGAGAGAAAAAGCAACAAACAUUUUAGAUCAGUUGCUCUUCAUUAGUUUUUUACUUUGUCUUUUUUCAAUAUGUGAUAUUGCAUUCAUCAUCCAUGUUGAAAUUCUCGUGAACAGAGUGAUUUGUAGGGACAUAUCAGAGUUGGGGGUCAGGAACUAUGUUAUAAUUCAGUGUGCAUUUCCUCCCCUGAAGGAAGAAAACAGUAAUGCACAAGAAGAGAAUUUUAUGAUAUUCUGAUAAUAUUGUAAUAAUCCUUUUAAAAUUUAAGGUUAUUAACUGAAUUCAAAUUAUAUAGCUGCCCGGAUGGCAAUAAAAUUGAUAUCUGGAUUGCAAUUUAAGGCCUUUGGCAAAAUGCAGUAAGUGCUUGAAAGGCCAGCAAUCUGAAACAUUUGUCAACAGCAGCCUCCACCUUCAACAUAUAAUCCUGAGACUUGUGGAGUGAUGUCACCAGUAUACUCAUCUUCUAGUUCUCCCUUCAACCUGUCAAAACUCCUUAAAAUCUUAUAUUUCAAUCAAGUGAUCUCUUAAUCUUCUGAAUACUGCAGGCACAAGCCUAGCUUGUCUAAACUUUCUUUGUAAGGUUAUUGAUAUUGUAGAUAUCAGACAAGUAAAACUCUAAACUUCAAAUUGCAUUAACAUCCUUACAUGAGACCAAUACUGUACAGAUUAUUCUAGGUAAUCACUUACAAUUAUAUUAGAAUCAUAACUGUUGGACUUCUGGAUUUGAUUCUUUUUGCAUAAUAACAUGCUGUUAACUUUCUGAAUUACUUGCUGUAACCGAUUACUGACCUUUUGUGAAUCAUGCUGCAGAACACCCAGAUUGACACCCCAUUCUCAGUCUUUAUUUAUUGUUCUGCGAUGUGUUACCCUAUUGACCUUUUGAAAACUUACAUCCUCUAUAUUAUUACUACUUUCUUCAUUAUCAUCAAAAAUUCAGUAAGGAUGAUGAAGUAAAACAUUUAUAAAUUUGUGUUAACUUCAUUAUUAUACUUAACAUUUCUAAAUAAUCAUCUGCUCUCCAUACUAAUAAGGAUACCUAUUAAUCUCUCUUACCAUUGAUAUUAAUUCUCCAGAUCCUCCUCACUCUCCACUAGUCCUUGGAUAUUACACAUUUUACUAAUGAAUUAUUAGAUAUCUAUAGUAGUGUCUCUAUUACCUCUUCACUAAAUGCUUGGGUGCAAUUACUACCACUGAUUUUGAUGCUCAAUUUUUUCCCAGUUUCACCAUCUCUCUCCCAAUGCAGCUACACCCACUAACUUUCUCUGCAACUUUUUCUUUGUUGUAUUACUAACUUUUAAAAAUUCAGAUAUAAGGCCAUUGACCUGAAAUGUUAACUUUCCUUCUCCACAAAUGCUACCUGACCUGCAGAGUAUACCCACAUAUUUUAGAAACAUAGAAAACCUACAGCACAAUACAGGCCCUUUGGCCCACAAUGCUGUGUCGAACAUGUACUUAAUUUAGAAAUUAUCUCGGGUUACCCAUAGCCCUCUAUUUUUCUAAGCUCGAUGUACCUAUCCAGGAGCCUCUUAAAAGACCCUAUUGUAUCCGCCUCCACCACCGUUGCCGGCAGCCCAUUCCACACACUCACCACUCUCUGCGUAAAAAACUUAGCCCUGGCAUCUCCCCUGACCCUACUUCCAAGCACCGUAAAACUGUGUCUUCUCAUGUUAUCCAUUUCAGCCCUGAGUAAAAGCCUCUGACUAUCCACACGAUCAAUGCCUCUCAUCAUCUUAUACACCUUAUAUUUUACAUCUGAAAUACUAAAUCUUCUUAUACAUAUGCUGCUUGAACUGUGGAGUUAUUCCUCUAUGUGUAGAAUUUUACUUUAUGGUUAUUUGGAAGAGUAAUUGCUGAUUAUGUAAAUAAAUUACAUGAGCUACUACUCAGUGCAGCAGAAUUCACCAAUGAAGUAAAUUAUCAGUUCAUCGGCAAUAGUGCUUGAAGAAUAUCUUUUAGUCAUUACAUUGUGAGAACUGCCUUCUUUCUGACAAGAGCCAUGGAAACAUUACACUUGUAUGAACAACACACACAAAAUGGUGUGAACAGAAAGUUAAAUGUCCCAUUAAAGGUACAGCAAACAGAAUAUUGUGGCUGUUCUCUAGGAUUUUGAUGGUGACAUGAGUCGAAAUAUGUAGAGUUUGCACUAUUUCAUACUUUUUCUAAAAUUCAUAAGUAACUGAAUACAAUUUUUUCUAAUUAGUUAUUCAGAAAGUAAUUUGAGAUAAUGCACAUAGGCUUUUUUGAUGGUGAGCUCUAUGGCACUUCAAAAUAUUCCUGCUGAAACAGAUAGGACCAGGGUCCUGUAUAGCUGCAACAUUACCCCUCGGCUCUUAAACUCAGUCCCACGAUUGAUGAAGGCCAAUGCACUCUAUGUCUUCUUAACCACAGAGUCAACCUGUGCAGGGUACCUCCAUAAGGGUACACUUUCAAUUAGUUUCAUUUCAAAGUCAACCAUGAAUAGAAAUUCGCCAAUCUUUGGAGAAAACACUUGGAUUAAAAUUGCGUUCCUCCCCCCAAUACAUGAAACAUCUAUUGAAAAUUCUCCCAGAGACUCUGCAUCUAUCUGUUGAGGUAAAAAAAUAAUAGCUACCAUAAGACAUAGGAGCAGAAUGAGGCCAUUCAGUCCAUUGAGUCCGUUCUGCUGUUUCAUCACGGCUGAUCCCGGAUCCCAUUUAACCCCUUACACCUGCCCUUUCGCCAUAUACCGUGAUGCCCCAAUUAAUCAGGAAUCUAUCAACUUCUGCCUUAAAUACAUCCACGGACUUGGUAUCAACUGCAAUCUGUGGCAGAGCAUUCCACAGGUUCACCACUCUUUGGCUAAAAAAAAUUAUUUCCUACUUCUGUUCUAAAAGGUCGCCCCUCAAUUUUGAGGCUGUGCCCCCACCCCACCAGUAGAAACAUCCUCUCCACAUCCACCUUAUUUAGUCCUUUCAACAUUCAGUAGAUUUCAAAGAGACCACACACACACGCACUCACACUUCUAAAUUCUAAUGACUACAGGCCCAAAGCUGCCAAACACUCCUUAUAUGUUAACCCCUUCAUUUCCAGAUCCAUCCUCGUGAACCUCUUCUAGACCCUCUCCAAAGACUAUACAUCCUUUCUGAGAAAGGGGCCCAAAACUGUUGACAAUAAUCCAGGUGCAGCCUGACUAGUGUCUUAUAAAGCUUCAGCAUUAUCUCCUUGUUUUUAUAUUCUAUUCCCCUUGAAACAAAUGCCAACAUUGCAUUUGCCACCUUUACCACAGACCCUUUUCUCACUGUUACCAUCAGGUAGGAGGUACAGAGGCCUGAAGCCACAUACUCAGCGAUUCAGGAACAACUUCCUCCCCUCUGCCAUCCGAUUCCUGGAUGGACAUUGAAUCUUUGGACACUACCUCACUUUUUUUUAAUAUACUCUAUUUUUGUUUUUGCACUUUCUUAAAAUCUAUUCAAUGUACGUAAUUGAUUUACUUGUUUAUUUAUUACUAUUUUAUUUUUUCUCUGCUAGAUUAUGUAUUGCAUUGAACUGUUGCUGAUAAGUUAGCAAAUUUCACGUCACAUGCAGCUCUGAUGUUUGAAUUUUCUCCCCAUUUACAUAAUAAUCUGCACUAUUAUUCCUUUUACCAAAAUGCAUUAUCAUAUAUUUCCCAACACUAUAUUCCAUCUGCCACUUUUUUGCCCAUUUUUUCAAUUUGUGUAAGUCCUACUGCAAUCACAUCACUACCUGCCCCUCCACCUAUCUUUGUAUCAUCCGCGAACUUUGCCACAAAGCCAUCAAUUCCAUUAUCUAAAUCAUUGAGAAGCAAUGUGAAAUGUCUACAGAAGCCAUGCUGACUUUGACUUAUUUUUAUCAUUAGGAUCCAAGUACCCUGAAACCUCAUUUUUAAUAAUGGACUCCACCACUUUCCCAAACACUGAGGUUAGGCUAACUGGCCUAUAAUUUCCUCUCUUUUGUCUUUCUCUCUUCUUAAAGAGUUGCAAUUUUCCUUUCUUCCAGAACCAUACCAGAAUCAAGUGAUUCUUGAAAGAUCAUCACUAAUGCAUCCAUUAUCUCUUCAGCAACCUCUCUCAGUACUCUGGGAUGUAGUCCAUCUGGUCCAGGUGACAUCCACCUUAAGACCUUUGAGUUUGCCUAGCACCUUUCCCCUUCUAACAGCAAUGGCAUUCACUCCUGUUCCCUGACACUCACCAACAGGACAACAAGUUAAUUAGUAUAUUCAUAGAAACAUAGAAAACCUACAGCACAAUACAGGCCCUUCGGCCCACAAGUUGUGCCGAACGUGUCCCUACCUUAGAAAUUACUAGACUUAACCUAUAGCCCUCUAUUUUUCUAAGCUCCAUGUACCUAUCCAAAAGUCUCUUAAAAGACCCUAUCAUAUCCGAGGUGGCAUUGUCGGCAACCCAUUCCAUGCACUCACCACUCUGAGUAAAAAACUUACUCCUGACAUCUCUGUACCUACUCCCCAGCACCUUAAACCUGUGUCCUCUCGUGGCAACCAUUUCAGCCCUGGGGAAAAAGCCUCUGACUAUCCAGACGAUCAAUACCUCUCAUCAUCUUAUACACCUCUAUUAGGUCACCUCUCAUCCUUCAUCACUCCAAGGAGAAAAGGCCGAGUUCACUCAACCUAUUCUCAUAAGAUAUGCUCCCCAACCCAGGCAACAUCCUUGUAAAUCUCUGCACCAUUUCUAUGGCUUCCACAUCCUUCCUGUAGUGAAAAAUAUUCGUGAAAAAUUAAUGAAUGAUAUUAUCAGUGAAAUAUUAACAGUGGUGUGAUUUGAUAUAAUAGCGAUAAAGUAGAUAGAGCUACACACUGACGAAGGCUGGGAACUAAUGAUGCUGGAAUAUUUGACCUGAUGAAAGGACAGGUAAGACGGAAAAGUGCUGGAAAAUUGGAUGGAAAAAUUACUAUAGUGAUAAUAACCUUUCAUGUAAGGACAGUAGCGAAGAAUGGUCUUGGCUGCAAAGAUCAGAAAGUGGAAUGGAGUAACAAAAAAAGAAAAGAAGGGAAGAGUAUGCAUAAAGUGAUGAUUUCUGAGUGGCUAUGGUCUUCAGUUAGUCCAGAUGUGAGGUUAAUUUGAAAAUUAGAUUAAAACAUUUGUUUUCAAAUUUCAUAUAGUUAAAGACUUAUUUCUUCUUUCAGUUAACAUAGUUAUUUUCUCCUCAUGAUGAUUUCUGUUGUAUUAGCUUCUAAGAUGAAAAUCUCUGCUCCUUACUAUUUUUUGCUCAUUAAACCUCUUAAGUUCCAGUAUUUCUUGUUGAUUUACUCAUUCUAAUUUCACUCUUUCAUCAUAUUCUGAUUUUUAAACUCUACUCAUUCUCAUUAAAAGUAAUCUAACUGAGGAUAAAUGGAGUUUAAAGAAUGCUGUAGUUAUAUUGAAAAGAAGUUCCAAGAUAAAUAAUAAACCGAAGGACUGAGAUAGUUUUAGAAACCAGCAAAGGGUAGCCAAAAUAUGGAUAAGCAAGAGUGGGGAAAUGGAAUGCAAGUGUAAAUCUCAAGAAAUAUGGGACACCUGGGACUUGUUGAAGGAUGGGGCCUAUUUCCUUUUCUGCAUUCCUCUUUACCAUUAUUUAAACAGAAAUAAUUUACUGCAUGAGGAAUGAAACUAGAGUUUAAUUUACAGUAUUCCCUUUUGGGGGCAUAUAGAUAUAUAGCAUUUCAGAAACAUAAAUCCCUUGGUUAACAAUAUAAAGAACAGUUAACAAUCAGGCCUAACCUUUGCAAUGAGUUCAAUUUGUAUUAAGAGUACAAGAGCAGAAAUUUCUUGAAACUUGUGUGGAGGUGGCAAAAAAAAAAUAUGAGGGCAGAGGUGCAGCGGUGCAAAUUGUGGCAAAUUGUAACUUACAGAGCAACUCUGGAAGAAAUUGUUAAACUACUUACACACUCACACUAAGAUAAUGAGAAUAUAGUGUGUCAAUGUUGCCUGGCAGUUAUCAAACUCAGUCAAAAGCUGGCGCAAAAAUAAAGCACUUCGAAAAAAAUGUUACAAAUAGUUUAACAACUUAAAAUGAGAAACUAACUUGAAAAAUAGUUCACAAUUACUCAAGAUGCCAUGACAAACAGCAGUACUGGGAUACAAAAAUGGUACCUUUCAGCUUAAAGCUGGUUGCGGUGUUUGGUGCACUUAAUGAGCUACAGGCAUUGAGACAUUCAUGAAAUUUAAUUUCUAAUACUGUACUUUGGAAUUUACCAGUCCAAAGGAUAAUAGGUUAUUCUAUGGUUUCCAUAAAGGUACACUACAGUAUCUUAAGGGGUACAAAAUGUUUGAAUCGCCUUUUUUACUAAUAUGGACACAACUCAACUUUGAAGUAAUGCAUCAAACUGUUCUGAUUUAAUUUUCAAUUAAUGAGAAAGUUCACUAAAAGUACACUGAUAAAGCAUCCAGUAUGUAAUAAUAAUAAAUAUGUGUUGUUUUAUCCAGUUAUGUUUCUCAUAAUUUGCCAAUAUUAUGAUGUUUUAACUUUGAACCAAGUAUAACACAUCAACUCCUAGAUUUACUUUAGGGAUAUCAGUGAAAAUAAUGCUCAGGAAAUGGCUACAUGCAUUGAGAUAUUGAAUGGCCUA